AAAUCACAAUGUUUUGAAAUUUUGAAUUGUACAUUUGUAGUUUGUACCUAGGUAGUUAGUGCAUCAUUGGAAUUUGUAAAUUUAAAUUUUGUUCUUGUUUUACGUGACUGCACAAGUUGAAUCAAGAACAUAUAUAUUUCUCGCCAUUGGAUGUGGGAAUAAAAACUGGAAUAACUAUGAGUAAGUAUUCGAGUGAUUCAAACUCGCGUGACAGAACUAGAAGUUAUAGUCGUUAUUAUAACCAAAGGCACAGGUCUUCAAGUUCUUCAUCUACAGAUAAUUCAAGAUAUUCAAGAAAAAAGCAUUCAAGUAAAUCUGGAUCAAGGUACCAUAAGAAAUCGAAGCGUAGACAUAGAUCCAACAGUUCAUCAGAUUAUUCGUCGUCAAGACACAAACGUUCUAGCCGUUCCUACCGUAGAGAUGAAAGUCAUUCGAAAAAAAAACAUAGAAAAAGUUCAUCUUCUAGUUAUGAAUCAAAUAACUCCAAUUCUUCUUUUAAAAAUCAUCAUCAUCAAUCUAAAAGUUCCAAGACAUUCGAUGAUAAUGAAAAUAAUAAAAGGGUACAAGAUGAUUUGUUAGUUGGAAAAUCUGAAAUUGUUAACAAAACAGAUCAUGAUGAAAACUGGCUUCAAAAAAAUGUUUUGGAUAUUGUAAAAAGAAAAAAUUCAAUUGAACAGAUCAAUCAAGAAGGAUUUGUUUUUAAAGUUUUCAAUCCAUCAUCCGAACAAAAAGAUGAGGAAGCUACAGACAAACCCAAAUUAGAUGUUCCAAAAGUAAAUGAAGAAGUCAUUGGUACUUCGCCUACAGAGGAAUCAACUUUUAUUAUAUGCAAUCCAGAAAGAUUAUUGAAUGCAAAGUAUAAAUUACUUACAAAGCAAGAGCGGAGUUUAAAUUGGGCAAAGCAAUUAUUUGAAUCUUACAAUAAGUCUGAACAUAAUGGUGGACAAUUUAAAAACUAAUUGUAAAACUAACUGGAAGUAAUUUAUUCAAGAUUAAUCUAUUUAAAUGUACAAGAA